CGAUAUGAUUUUACCAUAUUGAUAUUGAGGCUGUGAUGUUUUGGAGGGAUGGCUAAAAAACAUGCGGCCUUCAAAACAUCAAAAGUAGUGUGAAAGUCAUCGACCAAUGUCUUGUCAAAUGGGGAAGCAUCUAAUCCGCAGCAAUUGUGCCAGGAUCUUCGGGUGGCAGUCAGUAUCAUCACAAUUACUUUUAAAGAGGUUUAAAGGAUCCAGUUCAGCAUUUGGACCUAACACCAAGUCAAAGGAUGAGAAACUGGAAGAUGCAGUGCCCAGUUAUCGAAACAAUAAUCAGAGUUUUUUACAAGAUAUACCACAGACAGUCAGAAAUGCUUGCAUUGAAACAGCUGCCACACCCACUGAUGAGCGCCUGGAAUCCCUGUGUCACACGAGGAAUAGUUUUCAAGAUUUAAGUACAAUUCAAACUAUUGGACAGCCCACCCCAGAAUCCCAUCCACAUCUCUUGCAGCCUUUAGAAAUUACUCCUGGAAUUACAAAGAUAGAGUAUAAGGACAGACGAAACAAACUAUUGCGGCUUUUAUCAAGCACGGCAACAGGCCAGAAUUUUGAAAAACAUGCGGUGAUAAUGAUUGGAAGUCCAUCGAAAAUAAUGUCAGGAGACAUACCGUACCCGUUCCAUCAAAACGCGGACUUCUUGUACAUGACCGGAUUCAAAGAACCGGACGCGGUUAUGAUUCUCGAAAGGCAACAAAACCAGCCAUUUCCUGACCAUAAUAUGAUCAUGUUCGUGAAACCAAGAGAUCGAAAGAGGGAAAUCUGGGACGGACCAGUUUCCGGGUUAGAUGCUGCUAAAGAUUUCUUUGGUGCUACUGAGUCAUAUCCAAUAAGCAGUCUUAUUGCUGUCAUACAACGAAAAUACGGCAACAACACACACUGCAUGUGGUAUAACCUUGCCGACAACAGUACCAACCCAAAAAUUCAUAGCGAGCUUAUUAGUUUGUUUAAUAGUGACAAAUUCAGCUAUCCAGCUCUCCAUUCACUCAGUCAUAACACUCAGAUGCUUAGAUUGAUUAAGUCGCAAUCCGAAAUUGAACUAAUGAAAAAGUCAGCUGAGAUAGCAGGCAAAGCAUUUAGUCGUGUGAUGCUGAGUACGAGGCCGGGCCUCGAAGAAAGCGUCCUUCAUGCUAUGUUAGAAUACGAAUGCAAAAUUCAAGGCGCCCAGUUUCUGGCCUUCCCUCCGGUCGUCGCUAGUGGAUUAUCAGCAAAUACACUCCAUUAUGUCAGCAAUUCACAUAUCAUUAGGAAUGGCGACUUAAUAUUAAUGGAUGCAGGGUGCGAAUACAACGGCUAUGUAUCAGAUAUCACUCGAACUUGGCCUGUCAGUGGAAAGUUUACAACGGAGCAGCGAAAGUUGUACGAAGUCGUUCUGAAGGUUCAAAACCAUUGUAUUGAGCAUUGCAAAGUUGGAGUGUCACUUGACCAACUUCACCAAAGGAUGUUGCUGACACUGGGAGCCGAAUUGCAACGAAUCGGGUUUAUUGACGAAAAUUUGACAGAUAAUACAUUAAAAAAGGCGGUAGCUGAGUACUGCCCACAUCACCUUGGUCACUAUUUAGGCAUGGACACACACGACACACCCUCAUACCGUGGCCUUCCUCUCCAGCCAGGGAUGGUAAUAACAAUCGAACCUGGUCUAUACAUACCAAAGCAUUUCUAUCAUUUACCUGAAAGUUUUCGAGGCAUUGGUAUCCGCAUCGAAGAUGAUGUUCUUAUCACAAAUAAUGGACCUCGUGUUCUGAGUGCCAACUGUCCAAAGACUGUUGAAGAAAUCGAGCAACUUUUGUCAUUAAGAACAUGAAGAUAUUGAUAAUAUUGUGUAAGUCUCAUUUGCUUAAAUCUUUAAUUUUUGGUAGCUUGAAAAUAAGAAAAAGAAUGAUUCUCCGAUUGUUAGUUAACUAGUAUUUAGUUAAAUGGAUGAUAUUUAGAUCAGAAUAGCCGCUGAUCAUUUAAAGAUAGCGACGCUGAUUUUUAUCAUAUCACGCCACUGCUUAGACUGUACCAUAGAAAGGUCCACGUUGAAUGGAUAUGAAGACGAGUGGCUUUAAAAACGAUUUAAAGUAGCCUUUGUUUACAGGUUUACGUUAUAUGAUUGGUCAGAACUUGGGAGUGUGUCUGUUGUAUCAACCAAUCAAAGAUUUGAAGCUCGUGCAGUAAAGAUGGGGGCAAAUAAUAAAGCAUCAAAAAUACUUGAUAUGCCUGUUUAAAAUACUGAUUUGUUUGUGUAACAAUGGCAAGAAUAGAACAGAAACUCCAAUGAAAAUUGCCUCAUUGUCGUCACGAACUCAUUUUAAUCCUACCAUUAAUACCCUUCACUUUUCCUUGACAGCUACAUCACGCGACUUACCUUUUCUCCUUCACAUUCACAAACUGCAUAGUUAUACAGUGUAGAAUGUGACCCAGAGAACUGAAGGGUUCAUUUUUAUAUGUAUAUAUAGGAUGCAAAAAAUUGCAUGGCUCUAGAAAAUUGUAAAGUCAUUAGCCCAAAGCCCAAGGUAUGCAAGCUUUUUGUAACAUGUUUUAUAGCUUAAAUUGUGAAUUUAACCAGCCUUUUUUAAUAGCAUCCUUGUUUAUAGUUUUAAUUGCAAGCUAGAUAUUUUAUGCUAUUUAUACUUGCCUUCGCGUCUGAUUUGAAUGAUAGCAAGAUUAUGUAAAAAUAGAUUUCGCAUAUGAAGGGUGGACUUUCAGUGUAAAGUAAUUUGUGUAACAAAUUUGCAAGCAAAACACUGUACAAUUUGGCAUUUUCUCAAUUCAUAAUUUUAGAUGCAUGAUAAAGGAUGAAAAUAUUGCCAUUUAAAAUGUUUCGUUCAAAUUCAUUAUUUAUUUUGUCGCAA